AUGGACGAGCGAGCAACAGAGGGUCUUCGACGACUUGAAAGAGUACUUGGCCAAACCUCCGGUUAUGACCCCCCAAAGCCGAAUAAGCCAUUGCUGCUUUAUUUAUCGGCCGCACACAAAUCUUUGGGGUGCAUGCUCGCCCAAGAAGAUAACGAGGUCGAAAGAGCGGUCUAUUACUUAAGCCGUGGAUUGACCGAUACCGAGAUUCGCUAUACCGACAUAGAGAAAAUGUGCUUGUGUUUGUACUUCACAUGUUGCAAGCUUAGGUAUUACAUGUUGCCGGUAGUGGUGUACGUACUGUCCCAGACCGAUAUCAUUAGGUAUAUUCUAUCGAAACCAUACUUAAGAAAUCGGAUUGGGAAGUGGGCGAUUGCGAUGUCCAAGUUUACAUUGGUGUAUGUUCCCCAGAGGGCAGUCAAAGGACAAGUGUUGGCCGAUUUCUUAGCCGAUCAUCCUGGAAUUACCCUCAUGGAGGAAACAAUUAGUUGCUGCGACAUAGCCAUAUGGGAGAUGUGGUUCGACGGGUCCAGGACUAGCCAGGGGGCAGAAUACGAAGCCCUAAUAUUCGGUCUUGAGAUCUUGGCCGAACUGGGGGCAAAGACGAUCAACGUUAAAGGCGAUUCGUUGUUGGUCAUCAAACAAGUAACUAGAGAAUUCAAAUGCGAGUCCGAACUACAGGUAAGGUAUUGCAAUAAGGCAAAACAUCUCAUCGAAGGCUUUCAGGAUAGAAGGAUAGAAUACACCGAGAGAGCCGAUAAUGGGGUUGCGAAUGAUUUAGCCCAGCAUGGCAGUAGGUACAAAACGAACCUCCACUUGGAUACAAUAGAAAGAGACAUGCUGAAUCUUCAUACUGGGGGCAUCACCAUCGACGAAAGGAAAUUUUCGGCCUACCAACUUGAUGUUAACCAAGAUUGGAGAAUUGAAAUCUUAAGCUGGUUUGAGAAGCCAGACCAUACAAAUAGGAGGUUGAGGACCUUGGCACUAAACUACGAGGUUUUGGCAGGCGAUUUGUAUAAAAAGGGCUUUGAAGGGCUACUUUUCAGAUGCAUCGGCCCCAAAGAAGCAAUGCUAGCAAUGGCCUAA